AUGGCGUUUGUGACUCCCUUUUUUAUGGAAAGAAAAAUUCAAGAUUCCCUCGAUAUUAUGAUAAGCGAUGAUAAAAUAUCUGACAAUGCCGACGAAAACCAGGUGAACGAAUUCACCGCUUCGGAAAAUCCGACUACCGACGUUGAGGCCGACAUUACACCUGCUGAAGUAAGUCAUGCGAACAAUACUAUAAUAUCAAAUGAAACUUCAAGCGAAUCACAACAAAUAAACUAUAAAAAGAAACAAAAAGCUGUCAAGAGAAAAGCCUGCCGAUCGGAGCCAUCAACAUCUGCCAUAUUAAUGGCAAAAUUGCUGGAUGACCAAAAUAAACUAGAGCCACCUCGAAAACAUGACGAGUUAGAUCGCUUUUUCUUAAACAUUUCUGAUACCGUUAAGAAGUUCUCACCGUAUGUGCAAGCACUAGCAAAAAUAAGAUAUUUUCUAUAG